AUUUCAUCGGAAUAGGAAGUGAAAAGCAAAACUGUUUGUUUAACCUAGUUUAGAUAAUUAUAUUAUCUGUUCAAGUUCAAAUUUUAAAGGAUAUCCAUGCACAAAUGGCAACUGAUUCGUCAAAAGCAACUCAUGUGAAGCGACGGUUAAUUGUUACUGCAAUUGAUAUAGGGACAACAUUCAGCGGCUGGGCAUAUUCUACACUUAAUGAACCUGAGAAGGUUUAUGCAAAUCAGACAUGGUUUGCUGGCGAUGGGUCCCUUGCGUCCCUAAAGACGUCAUCUUGUCUUCUCUUUUCACCGGAAAAAGAGUUUAAAUAUUUUGGUUAUGAAGCAGAAACAGAAUUUGUACGCCUAGUUGGGGACAAUGAGCAGCAUGGCUGGUAUUAUUUUCGAAGAUUCAAAAUGGCAUUGUUUAACGACCAGAAAUUGAAUCGAUAUACUACAAUCGAGGACAUAUCAGGAAGAAAAAUGCCAGCACUAGUGGUAUUUGCUAAUGCUAUAAAGUUUCUAAAGGACAACUUUACGGAAACAAUUCGGAAUAGGGUACCUAGUUUUAAGAACACUGAUGUGACUUACGUUCUAACUGUUCCUGCUAUUUGGGAUGACAUGGCUAAAAGAUUUAUGCGAGAAGCAGCGGUUGAGGCUGGGAUUCCAAAUGAUCAGCUAGUAAUAGCACUCGAGCCCGAGGCAGCGUCAGUCUGGUGUCAGGGAAUAAAAACAGAAAUCCAACGUUGCAAUGAAACGAACGCCUUUGGAAUUUCAGCUGUGGGCACACGUUAUAUGAUUGUUGAUUUAGGAGGAGGCACAGCGGACAUCACUGUUCAUGAAAAAAGGCCAAACAAUACUUUGCUUGAGAUACAUGAACCGAUAGGUGGGCCAUGGGGAGGGACAGAAGUUGACAAAAACUUCAUUAGACUGUUUCAAAUGAUCUUUGGUGCGUCUGAAUGGGAGGAAUACAAACAAAACGAGUUAGAAGAUAUACUUUACAUGUAUAGGGAUUUCGAAGCGAAGAAACGAACUGUACAGUUAACAUUAUCAAAACAGAUGAUUCUAAAAGUGCCACCGAGUUUAAAAGAAUACUACGAGCGGAAUGGAAAGAGAUCAAUUGCCGAAAUUGAGCAUCUAUUUGACAGAAAUAUAGUAUGGCAGAAAGACAAAUUGAGGAUCGAUGCAUCACUUAUCAAGAAAUGCUUUGAGGGACCGGUCCAUGAGAUCAUUUAUAAUGUGGAGAAGCUAUUAUCAAAGAAAGGGAUGAAAAACGUCAGUAAAAUAAUUCUUGUUGGUGGUUUCUCUGAAAGCCAAUAUGUACAAGAGAGCUUUAAAGCGAAAUUUGCUAACAAGCAAGUUAUCGUACCGGCUGAAUGUGGACUUGCUGUUUUAAAAGGGGCUGUUCUUUUCGGGCAAAAUCAAUCAAUAGUUACCGCACGAAUUUCACGAUUUACAUACGGUCUGGAAAUUUCUAUUCCAUUUGAUGCUACAAAACAUCCCGAGGAAAAGAUGAUUGAUUCAGAUGUCGGUACACUUUGCAUGGAUUCAUUUUGGAAAGCAGUUGAGAUCGGAGAAGAGAUAAAAGAUGGACAAGAGGUAGCACGAAUCGGGAAAGCAGUAGAUGAUUGUCAAAAUCACAUUAAAAUGCGCAUUUUCAAAUCAAACAAACAGAACCCGAUUUUUACAACAGAUGAAGGAUGUGAGCUGAUUGGAGAAAUUGCAGUUCCGAUGGAUUGUACAUUAAAGGCUGUUGACAAUGCCGUUGAUGAAAUCUUCAUUUUUGGGGGCACAGAGUUGAAAUUUAAAACCAAACACAGAUUGCGUGGAGAUAUACAUGAACUUAAUAUUGACCUUUAAUUGACUACACAAAGACUGAAAAAGGUUGGAACAGAACUGUGUUCUGUGAUUAAAACAACACUUAAACGCACAUGACUUGUUAUAUAAAGUUGUUACAAUUGAUGACUUGUGAGAGUCGAAGUAUGAUAAAAUUGAAUAUUUUCUUAUUCACUAUUUAAUAUCUGGAACAAAUAUUUUUACACACGUUUGUACACAAAAAUUUCAAAUAUACCAGUCCAGUUUAUAGUUGGUCUUAUUUUUGAAUAAAAAAGUAU